AUGAUCAAGGUCUUCGGUAGUCAAGUUGUGCCGGUGGUGGCAAAUCCACAUUUCUACCUGAAGAAAUCUGGUUCUGGUCUCCGGGAGAUGAGGCAGCAAGAAAAAAAAAAGGUAACAGAACAAGACUUGGAAAACAACAGUCGUCUUACUUCCCCUGUUUCCUGGAAGGCACAAACCCUUGUCUGUUUCUUGCUUUCCACGUUACCUGCUUCAGUGGAUACGUUGAGGAGGUACAGGCAGUGGUUGGUUGGUGAUGGGGUUAGUAAAGUCGGACGGUGGGCUCUGCUCGCCUACCAUUUUCCCCUCUUUGUCAAUGCACUUUCGGACUUUCCGUAUUUCCAGUGA